AUGCAUGUCGCCGGUCUCGUGUAUCUAGCGGCCAUUGUCGCUCUCGGCGUCCAAGCCGUACCUGCUCCAGAGAGCGUCAAAAAUAACCGGGCUGAUGCCGACGAAGCCUGGGGAUUCCACACGGACCGCGUUAAGCGUGAUGAUGCCGACGAAGCCUGGGACUUCCACACGGACCGCGUUAAGCGUGAUGAUGCCGACGAAGCCUGGGGCUUCCACACGGACCGCGUUAAGCGUGAUAAUGCCGCUUAG